UUUAUUAAAUGAGUUUGUGUCGGUAUGGCGUACAGCAAAAUCACCGUAUAUUUUCGCAAUUUCUCGGUAGCAUGAUGCUAAACAACAAUGUGCCUUAUCUAUUUAGAGCAGGGCCAAUUUAGCUGGAAUACUCACUUAUUUAUUACCUGCGGACCGGCGUUAACGAUGACAGAGUUUCUUGAAAAAACAGUGUUACCUGUGGUUGAAUUCAGCCAUGGUCGAGUGAAAGAUGGAACAAAAGUGAAUGUCACUUGGUACACGAGCGAUGAAGAUGAAAAUAAGAAAAAGAUGGUUUGUGAUACACCCGAUGGGAUGCAACAUAUUGGUAGCAACUUUGGAUACAAUCCAUCUCGUGAUUACCUUAAUCAUUAUAUUGUUCUAAAGAAUAAAAAAACAGGAGAAAAAAAAAUAUUUCUGACAGAGAAUUACAAGGUAUAUCCAAUAGUGAAAAGAGACAAUGAAAUUGACAGUGAUGACGAAAGGAGACAGGCAAUAGAUAAAGUACAAAAUGAAACAAGAACGUUUGAUGAAAGAUUAGAUGAUCUUACUGGGGAGUUUGGUAGCAAAAUCAAAGUACAAGCAAUGAAUGCGCGGCAACGUAACAAAGUAUCUGACACAACUGAAGUUGUGAGAGAGGCAGUUUCUAAUCUUGUGGAAGCAGAGGGAAUAUCUGGUCAAAGUCAAUCCGAAAAUGUUAAUUUGUCAAUUCUACCAUACAACAAAGAAGCAACUUCAGAAGAAGAUGUAUAUCCACUUAAUAACUUUAUUCCACAGCAUAUCAGAACAGCUGCAUUAGAGUCAGCAAAGGAAUUAUUGACACCGACUGCCGAUAAAAUCAAAUCUUGGAGAGAAGAGAAAAAUCCUCUAGGAUGUCGCUACAUAGCCUGGCGAGCACGAAAUUUACAUCCCAGUAUAAGGAAUGAUGUUGAAGCAUGGCAGGAUUAUGUUUGUAAUUUACAAAUUCUUGCUUAUUUUAUGAAAGUCUACAAUCCUACUGGUUCUGGUCCAGAGAAACUUACGUAUCUAGCGAAUAUAAAUGAGACAAUCAAAUCAUGGAUUAUUCGUGAAUUCAUGCCGCUGGAAAAAGCCCUUACUUUAAAGAAGAGACUGGCUGGUGCAGUAAAGGACAAGAUAUUAUCAUACUCUAUUGUGCUGCCUUGGCAUCUUAAUUCAUUCAGUUUCGACAUUCAAAUGUUGGCAGAUGGAUUUGGAAUUUCUGAGAGAACAUUGUCGUUAAUUGUGCGUGCUUUGGGUGGAAAAAUCAAAGUAGAUAUGCAAGAAGGGAUGAAAAGAACUAUUGCUAUUUUGCAACUGCCACUCGUUUUUCCAAAUAAACCCAUGAAGGGCAGAAGAUAAGACCUCUUCGAAAAUGGAAAUAUGUUCACAUCAGUGUUGGCAAUACUGAGAGUACAUGGUUAUAUGUACAUGGUUUACUUUGGUUUUUCUGGAUUGAAAUUUAUGGUGUAGACUGUGGGAGAUGAAAUAUGCGAAAUUGUUGUAUGGAAUUUGUCUUUUCUGAUUAACUUCUAUAUAACGUAGUAUUUUGUCAUUAGGUUGGAAUGAGUUAGUCUUUAUGUUCAUUCAUGCAUUUGUGUCAUAUAAAGUUCGUGCCAUUCUUCAUAUUUAAUUUUUGAAUAAAAAGAAUCAAAUUA